AUGCCUUUCAGUGCUGCUGCAUGCAGGCCUAGAAGGCUGCAGCAGCCUCUCAGGCUGGGGUUGAGCGUGCGCCUUCAGCAGCAGCAGCGGCAGCAGCCGAAACAGUGUGAGCAGCAGCAGAAGCACCGGCAGCUCCAGCUACGGGAGCAGCAGCACGAACAAGAGCUGCUGCUGCAGCAAGUGGGCUUGCAGAAGCAAGCAUACUUGCUGCAGCGCAGCCUGCCCCCACAGAAGCGUACUGAGCGCCUCUACUCAGCAGCAGCAGCAGCAGCAGCUGCUGCUGCUGCUGCUGCGCCUUUGCGCGUCCCUCUCCAUUUGGUGGAGGGCAAAGGACCGGGCCUUGCUGCUGCUGCUGCUGCUGUGGUGCAGCCGCUGCUGCCUGUUGCAGCGAGCAGCAGCAGCUCGGGAACAGGGUUGCGCAUGCAUGCUGCUGAGGUGUCUCUCCGUAUCCAGGCUUCUGUUGCUGCUGCAGAGCUGCUGCUGCCUUCGUGCAGCAGCAGCAGCAGCGGCACUGGUGGGACGGAGGGCCUGUGGCAGUGGUACGGCUCUUUGCUGCUAGGCCCCAGCAGCAGCAGCAGCAGCAGCAGCAGCAGCAGCAAAGGCCUUCUUGCCUACGCUGAUGCAGCAGCAGUGUUGGCUGUCGCCGAGUGUUUUGCAGCAAAAGGGUAUAACAGCCUUAGUGCCUGGCGCCGCAUCUUUGCUGCUGCUGAAGCCUGCAUGCAGCAGCAGCAGCAGCAGCAAGAGCAGCAGCAGAGUGACAACAGCAUUAAAGCUGCUGCUGCUUCAUGCAGACAACAACUCGAAGCUCUAGCGGAACAGCACGUCCCAGCAGCAUCGCAUAGCAGCAGCAGCAGCAGCAAGAGCAACAGCAGCAACAGCAGCGACAGCAGCAGCAGCAGCAGCAGCAGCAGCACGAGCAACAGCAGCAGCACGGAAGAUGCACUGCAGCAGGUGACAGUUGGGGGUCUCCGUGUGCUGCAGCUGCUGCGAGCUGCUGCUGCUGUAGGUGGAGACUGGGAAUGGGGCCGCAACCUGCUGCAGCAGCUGCUGCAGCAAACUGCACACUUCGCCGACUUUGCUUCAGGCACAGAGUUGCUGUCGCUUGCAGCAGCAGCAGGAGUAGCAGGUGUGGGGCGGGAGGUGGGCCGCUUUUGUAUUGCCUUUGAUCGCCAUUUGCUGCUGCAUGCAGAGCCGCAGCAGCUGCUGCUGCUGCUGAGGUGUAUAGACAGCGCAUCAGACAUUGAGGAGGAGAUCUUGCAGCACAUGAUGAGGCGGCUGCACUGCUUUGCUGCUUUGGGCUUGCUGUCUCCUGCUGAGGAGACAGAGACACUUCGGGUGUAUGCGCAGCUCGGUAUAAGACACACAACCUUCUGUCGGCACAUGCUGCUGCGGCUGCAGAAGCAGCAGCAGGAGCAGCAGCAGCAGGGGCUGACAAAAGCAGACGCACUGCAGCAGCAGCGCAUGCGGCAGCGGGUGCUGCUGCUGCAUUUCCUGCAGCAGCUACAGCUGCAGCACCGCCAAACAUUAGCAGCAAAACCUGAGUUAACGAAGCAGCUGCUGCAUGUGCAGCGCUCGCUGCUGCUGCAGCCGUGUGGACCGACGCAGCAGCAGCAAGGACAACAGCAGGAGCAGCAGCAGCAACAGCAGCAGCAGCAGCAACUAAGCACAGCUGAUGACUUCUUAGCUGAGGCCGCGCGACUGGCGGAGAGUGCCUCUGCGGAGCAGCAGCAGCAGAUAUUGUCGUUGCAUGCAGCUUGCUGCAGCAGCAGCAGCACUGGGGGGCUGCAGCGCGAGCUGUACAGACACCGCAGCUAUAUAAUGGGUUUCGGUGCUGCAGCAGACAGCGAAGCCCCCCGCAGCUACAGCGAAGUGCUGCCUUUUGUGUCUCUCAGCCGGUAUGAGGCUCUUCAAGCAGCAGGCCUUACUGCUGCUGCUGCUGCUUCUGCUGCUGCUGCGCCUGCUGCAAAAGAUCCUGCAGCAACUGCUGCUGCUGUUGCAGAAGCAGCAGCAGCGGGAGAGACAUUCUACCGACAGAAGCAGCACGGAGACACCCCAGAAGCAGCACAACUAACAACCGGGCAUGCAGCUAUGAUCUUAGAUGCUUUGCUGCAGCUCAAGUACCACCAUGCAUGGCCGGAGGUGCCUGCUGCUGCUGCUAAGCUGCUGCAGCAACUUAGCAGCAGCAAGGAAGCAAUCGAUUUGCUUGACCCCCGCCAG